UUUUGUAGUGGUAGCAUUGCGUUGCGCUUUUUGUUUCUUUAACACCGGCAAUUGCGGCAACCACGCCGGCAACACUGGUUUUGUUACAUUUGGCAUUUGGCUUUUGUUAUGGUUGAAAACAUGGCGGAAUUUGAUAAGACGGAAGAGGCUCCAAUCGACGAAAUGCGAAAAAAAUCGGAAAGUGAAUCAAAAUCGCAUUCUCACCAAGAUGAGGAUAGUGAAAGUUUGGAGGAACAGCCUCUGGAUAUUGGUGAACAUUAUUUGGUUCAGAGAUCUGAUGAUUCUUGGCAUCCUGCUGAAAUCAUACAGUCCAGAUACAAUGAUUUGGACAGACAAUAUGAGUAUUAUGUGCACUAUGAAGGAUAUAACCGUAGAUUAGAUGAAUGGGUACCCAGAGGAAGAAUUAUGUCCUCAAGAUUCAAUAUGACUGAAAAUGGCCAGAAAACUUCUGUUGACAUGAAGGCAUGGAAAGAUCGUCCAGUAAUCACUGAUUUAUUAGCAGAUAGUUCUGAUAGAAAAAUAACUCGAAACCAAAAAAGAAGGCAUGAUGAAAUUAAUCACAUUCAAAAAACAUAUGCAGAAAUGGACCCAACUACAGCAGCUCUAGAAAAAGAACAUGAACAAAUCACUAAAGUCAAAUACAUAGACAAGAUUCAAAUAGGUAGAUUUGAAAUUGAUACAUGGUACUUCAGUCCCUACCCAGAAGAUUAUGGAAGACAGAGUAAAUUAUGGAUUUGUGAAUAUUGUUUAAAAUAUAUGAGAUUGGAGAAAAGUUAUAGAUAUCAUAUGAGUGAAUGUACACAACGUCAACCCGUGGGAAAAGAAAUAUAUCGAAAAGGAACUCUAUCAGUAUAUGAAGUAGAUGGGAAAGAUCACAAAGUGUACUGCCAAAACUUGUGUUUACUCGCAAAAUUAUUUUUAGAUCAUAAAACUCUGUAUUUUGAUGUGGAACCAUUCCUCUUCUAUAUUCUUUGUGAAGUGGAUAAACAGGGGGCCCACAUUGUAGGAUACUUCUCCAAAGAAAAAGAAUCUCCAGAAGGUAACAAUGUGGCAUGUAUACUAACUCUACCACCCUAUCAACGCCAAGGAUAUGGAAAACUUCUCAUAGCAUUUAGUUACGAAUUAUCUCGACUGGAAUGUACUGUUGGCAGCCCUGAACAACCUCUCAGUGACCUAGGCAAAUUGAGCUAUCGAAGUUAUUGGAGUUGGGUUCUGUUGGAAAUAUUAAGAGAUUUCAGAGGAACUUUGUCAAUCAAAGAUUUGAGCCACAUGACGAGCAUCACACAGACAGACAUCAUCUCAACAUUGCAAAGUAUGAAUAUGGUGAAAUAUUGGAAGGGGCAACAUGUGAUCUGUGUAACACCGAAGUUGGUCGACGAACACAUAAAAUCUAGUCAGUAUAAGAGGCCGAGGCUUUGCGUUGACACCAGUGCAUUAAGGUGGACACCUCGAAGGCACGUUAAUAAUAAAAUAGGAAAAAAACAAAAUUAAAAUUAUGUUUACUGUGAAAAGUAUUAAAAUGUUCAAGCUUUAAUAAAAUAAAAAUCUUUUUUAUAGAAAGUCUGAU